AUGGAAUUUGAUCCUCUUCCUAUUUUUGACGAUCUGCGUUAUUCGAUUGAUGAACGCUAUUCCGCACCACGCCAGCUCUUUCUGAAAGGAGACAAGUCCAAUGAGUUCUCAUUGAUUGUUGCGAAUGUUCCUGCCUACUUGCCUAAAGGCCAGCUAACAUUAUCGGUGCUCUUUAAAGAACCGCGUGGCGUUAGCUCAGCUCUUGCAAAAUGUCAAAGUGUCGGUCCUUACAGAGUUUGUGAUUUCUGCAAAGUAGAGAUGCCAUCAGUCCUGCAGAAUUCGGUAGAGUCAUACCGAAAAUUGUUUCAUUCACCGGAGGAAAUUGAGAAGUCUGUUGCUGACUUCAUAAAAAAACAAGAUGAAGAAGUGCAAGAGACAAAACGUCUUGCGAAACGAAAGUUCACUGAACCUGACGAAGAUGGUUGGAUAACGGUAACAAAAGCUGCGAAGAAGGUUGGCAAGCCGUUAAAAUUAAAGAAGAACGAGGUACCACUCAUGGGUGGACUAAGGAAGAGAAAGAAUCACGUGGAUUUGGCGUUUUACUCAUUUGAUAAGAAAAAUGCGAGGGAGAAAAAGGUUUCGGAAAAAUCAUGGCAACAACGAGUGCUCGAGGAGUAUGAGGGGGAUAAGGCGAUGUCCAUCUAUGUUUUAUCUGAGCUUUCUGACUUUCCUGAACAGUUUUUGGCACUCAGAAUUCAGCGCUUUGAUCAGUGUCGAAUUGUGCUUGGUUCUAACGCGAACGGUCAGGAUUCGUACAUCAAUGCUUCACCGGUUUCUAUUAGACGAGCACAUAGAAACUACAUACUCGCACAGGGACCACUAGAGAACACUUGCAAUGAUUUUUGGCAGAUGGUAUGGGAACAAAAGGUACCAGCAGUGAUCAUGCUUAACAGAAUCGUGGAAAACGGUCGCGAUAAAUGUGCCACCUACUUUCCAUUAGAAACUGGACAUAAGGUCGAGUUCAACGACUUCGCCGUUGAAUUAGAAAAAGAGGAGCAGCAUCAGAACUUUGUUGUGAGAAAACUCCUCCUGAAAAAGAUUAGCGAGGAAGACGCUUCUGGACGAGCAGUCCUACACGUGCAAUACACGGAAUGGCCGGAUUUUGGUGUUCCUGCGUCGACUAGAUGUUUUCUCAAUAUGCUUAACUUUAUUAAAGAUCAGAAUGUGCUCAGUACGUUUGAUGGCGAGCCACCUUGUGUCGUACACUGUUCCGCCGGCAUCGGGCGAUCAGGGACGUUUAUCAUUGUGGACGGAGUUUUACGCAUGAUUGAACUCGGCAUACCUGACUCCGAAAUUUCUCUCAAUGAUCUGCUUGUGGAUCUCAGAUGUCAACGUUUUGGGUUGAUUCAAACACCGCAACAGCUUAUGUUCAGUUGGCAUGCCAUUAUUGAUGCUCUCCAACAACGGAAUGUAAGGGUUUCGCAUAAAUUCCCCUCAAAUUCUGCCAUCAAUGGAGCCGAUUUGGACGCGAAUGCGUCUGAAGAUAAACCUUCGUCGAUUGACAGAAAAGGUAAACGAAAAACUGACGAGAAGGAAGAGGACUGUGUUGAUGACCGCUUGGCAAAGAGACGUGAAAUGGUGGCUCGUAUGGUGGCUCGUAGCCGUGAAUCGGAAGCCGUGCGUCGAGGUGUUCUAGGAAAUCUCUCUAACCAACUGGGAAUCAGUCGUAGUUCGUUGUUCGCAGCUAGUGGUGCCCUUAUUUUCGCAGUAGUAGUCGGCUAUUACGUUGAUGGUUCACCGGAUGAUACUGUACAGGUUUUGCGGUUCAGUCCCAAUACGAACGAAAAACCGUUGUUAGCGGCAGGAAGUUGGGAUGGCGUGAGUAUGAUGAGCUUUCGGUUUCCACUUAUGUGUUUGUGCUAA